AGCGAAUACGAAAAAUUCCGAUUCGAAGUGCACAACUGCAGCUCUACUGUUCAGCUGUUGCUGCGCAAGGAAGACGCGCGGCUCAAUCAGCGCUACGGGGCGUUCAGCUAACGGCCGCAAGGCAGCAGCAGGUAACGAGCUGCGCGUGGCAAUCUAUGUAAGAGUGGGGUAAUGAUUUAAGCUUUGGAGCCUGCAUUUGGUUUUCUCUAGGCCAUUAUCACUGCAACCUUGACCUCGAAUUACUGUCAUCUAACCGUCGCAAUCAACACUGGCUUUUCCUUCAAGCUAUGCCAGGCCUCAACCCCCACCUCCCAUCUCCACCUACCUCAUCGCACGCCAACGUCCCUUAUACCCCUCGCUCGUCAUCAAUUGCAGACGACUCUGAUGUCGAAUUCGAUCCCACGCCCAUCCAUAGUCCUGGAGGUCCGCAAUACGAUGAUCUACCACCAUCCUAUGAUGAGGCGCAACACCAAGCCGUGACCGAUGCGCGCAAUGGCGUUGCAGCUCUAGAUCCGAGUCAACUAGAAGCGCAUCGUUUGACACUAAACGAAGGACCAAACGAGCCCGAGAUAUGGGAGUACCGUGUAAGAGGCGAACAAGUAGAGCCUGCGAGUGAACACGAACAGGCACCCGAGUAUGAAGGUCACGUGAACAACCUAAACCCGACCGUGCCGAUUCAGCAUGUUGAAAGAAGCUCAGACAUUCCCGUUGGGCGGGUUGGAAGCAGACACGCUUCCUCGACUAGUGUAUCUGAUUCUACUACAGCCCUACUCAACAGAGCAUUGGAUUUCAUCCGUCAUGAGCCGGACGCUGACGUGCAGUACGCGCCUCGCCUGACACGAGUUAUUGCAAUUCCUCAGAGAGGUCCACCUGUGCGAAGCCGCGGAUAUGAGAAACUCCAGUUUCUCAGAGCAUACGCCAAGGCACUGCACACCCACUCCAUUCGACCAGCAGAGUUCACUGAGUUUCUGGACGGCCUCAAUACUCUUUGCACAGCAACAAAAACAACCAACGAUGACCUGCUUCGCGAGUCUUCACCAAUAGAAGGAUCCUCAGGACUUGUGUGUGAAUACAUCAGAGGAGCCAACGAAGCUUUUUUCGCACCGCGUGGUCUGAGGGUUUCACUUCAAACGCUCUCCAAUCUUCUCGAGGCUUUGAAUGUCCCCACUGAGCGCGGCCAGCGGGCUGGUGCCGUUGCAAGCGUUCUUGAUAGAUCUAGUACUCCCACUAGGAGAGCCCAGGCACUAUAUCCCUGGAUUGAAGCCCUCGAGACCAACGUUCCUGAGCCAAGUACACAUGCAUUGGUGUUGCGUGAAAGUGGCGAUCGAAUAAGAAGUCAGAUUCACUCCCAAUCUAGCUCAUCGAAAACUGCCACCAACAACAGCGCGUCAGACGAAGCACGAGGGCAGACAUAUCCUGAGCCACAUGCAGACCCACCACAUUCGAUACCAGAGCCUGCGGAACACACAGAUCAGCCCUUUUCUUCAUGGGGACCCGGUCGUCGUGGUUUCGGAGGAAGAGGCUGUCGUCGCGGAGGGCCCUGGUCCCCAUUCGGCGCACCCGGAAAUGGUCCUUUUGGUGCUCCCGGUAACGGUCCGUUCGUUCGUUCUAACCGUGCUUCUUUGAGCUCACCAGGGUUCGGACUGGGUAGUCCGCCUCACUAUGGGCGCGGCCAUACUCACUCCCGCUCGAAUGAACCCAGCUCAUCCCAAUAUGCGAAUGAUUGGGCUGCAUGGGGCGGGAACCUUGGAAGAUUUGGCGAAGAGUUUGGUAAAAGGAUGGGCGACUGGGGUGAGCAGUUUGGAAGGCGAGCCGAGGCAUGGGGUCAAGACGUUGGAAGAAGGGCAGAAAUUUGGGGCGAGGAAGUGUCCGCCAAAGCGAGCGGAAGUGGUACACAAAGUCAGACUGGUCCCGGACCGGCAGACGAUCCGCCUCCCUCUUACCCAGAAGGAUCGAUGGGACAAGAGACGGGCGUUUUGCGUAGACCCAGCAAGGCCGACACCAGUAAUACUGCGUCAAUGCAAAACAAAAGCAAGAAGAAAGCCAAUGAAAUGGGUAACGACAAUGACGAUGACGCAUCUUUGUUCUCAUCCGACACUUCAGACUCAGACUCAGAUUCAGAUUCAGAUGAUGAUGAUGAAAACUACCCCGACACUGAAGCGGUGUUUCUCAAACGCAUCCACUCCAUAAAUGAGCAGGCCGAUCUCUCUGUCAAUAAAGGCAAGAAGACCCCAGAAGAAGUCGCCACUGAGCGUGCCCUUGCUAUCGAAAAAGCACAGGAUGAGAAAACGAGCAUGGAUCUUAAGAUUGAAGAGAAGCAGACUAAGCGCGCUAUAAAACUUUCACUCAGGCGGAAGGGCCGCGAGCUCAAGAAGGCCCAUCGCCAAAGGAAGCGCGAGAUGAGGAAGAAUUAUGCAGGUAAGGGUAAGGGCAAAGCGAAGAAGACCAAGGAGUGGAGAGACGCGAAGAGGGAAUAUAGAGAGAAGAAGAGGGAGUUAAGGAAGGAGAAGUUGGCUGCUAGAAAAGAGUGGCGGGAGGCCAAGUAUGACAGGAAGAAGAUGACGAGAGAAGGAAGUGUUAGUGAAGACGACCUGAAGGAUGCGAGGGACGGCAUGGUGUGGGUGAUUGUAGAAAACCUUACCAUGGGUCUAGAAGAUGAGUUCGUUCAGGUCGACGAAAUGGAAAUCGGACUUGAUCGCUCGAAGAUCAACUCCGAAGGGCAGAUCCAGCUUCCAGAGUUGGGUAAUAGCCAGCGCCAUGAUAACGGGCCUCGCCAAAAUCCUAGUAAACAUGUCGAGCUCGAACAGCCCGAGUCGCGCUCAUCCACCCAGCAAAUCAAGGUCUCGAUCAAGCAGAAGAAACAUGAUGCCGGCAUCAAGAUCAGGAAAACUUUGCACUUGAGCAAGGCAUCUGACGAGCUUGAGACAUCGAGUUCCCCUGUUCUCGCAAAUACGGCGGAGGAGACGUCUGAUUCGCGCCUCAACAAGAUAUCGCCCAUACCUGAGAAACACACAAUGAAGGACCUGAUGCACAACCCUGUUGAUACAAUCAAGUCAAAGGUCUCAAAUCAGGGCAACCACGAAGUAGCGGCAAACAUCGCGGCGAAAGAGAUAUCCCACGGACAAGAGGUGGACCUCCUCAAUGCCUCUACCGCCGUUGAGCACGCAAGUACCGAGAACGAGAAGCUGCUCGCCACCCAGACCCUCGCUGAGCUCAUGAAAGAACGGCAAAGCGCGUAUGUUCGUUGGACUCUUGAUCGACAUGUGACGAAGAUUAGGGUUCUGCCUCGUGACACCGUGGUACAGAAGCCCAAAAAAGCGUUUGAGAAGAAGAAUAUCCGUGGGGGUGUGUUCAUGGACUGGCGCGCCUAUGGGAAGCAUCUACUAGAUUACUACGCUCAUCGGUAUGGAGGUCAGUAUAUUGGUUACGGCUCUGAUCCCCCCACUCCUUCAAAAGAGACCAUCAUGCCCAACGUCGAGCGUUUGAUUGUUGCGUCUUCACCAUUCCAAGAACUUGCCAUGACUACGCGCCGAAUAUACCGUUGGGACAACCCCUCAGAAACAAUCAAGUAUUUAUUGAUAUACUUCACGUUGUGGUUCCUGAACCUUUUACUUCCUGGUAUCCUUUCUGCUAUCAUGUAUUUUGUCAUUGAACGACAUGUCCACGGGAACUCACUAGAUGACCUGCGCCAAGACAUCCAACACAGAGAAGAUGUACAGAAGACGGCACUUUCCAUCACAGAACUCAUCGAGAAAGAGGGUGACGAGGAAUGGACAGACAAGCUGCUCGAAGGUGUCGGCCCAUGGGCGAUGGUUCAGUUGGCUGAUGCAGCGAACCUUCUCGAAAGUGUGCGCAACUUCUACGAGUGGCGCAAGCCUACUAGGACGAAGGCUGUGCUUGGAGUACUUGGCGUCACUAUCGUCGUCACCGCCGUGAUUCCCAUCUGGUUGCUCGUAAAAUCUGCAACCUUAGGCAUAGGCAUUGCUUUUUUCGGCCUCUUCCCGAUCGCCGUAAAUUUCCCCGAAUACCGACUCCUAGUGUCACCUUCAAAGCGAUUCUUAUGGAACAUCCCAACUCAUGCCGAAUGGGCCAUUCAAUAUAUCCAAGCCGAAGGAACCCGCGUCGAGACGAGCGCCAAACCAUCCCCGUCCGCCCUACCCAUCAAGACAGAUAGCUCAUCUGCACAAGCUCAAGACUACGGUUUCUACAAAGGUCACCACGACAAAUCUUCGGGCCAUCUAGUCAUGAGUACUUCCUCCGUUCGAUUCGUAUCCGGACACCCACACACAGUGCAAUUUACCCUUCCUUACGACCAGAUCAACAAUAUCGAGAAGGUAGACCGAAUUGUGGCGAAGAAUAUGCCCGAGAAAAUGAGGAGGGAUUCAGGGAAGGACUUGAAGCUAGUUGAUAAAGCGGGGAUGGAGUGGGUACUUAAAGACGUCGAUCAAAGAGAUGAGGCUUUCUCGCAGAUCGUUGGCUUCAGUAAGUCGACCUGGCAGGUUGUUUGGUAGGAAAUCUCGUUUCACGAUGUCAAAGUAUUCGGAACUGGUGCAGAUAUGACACUUUUACGUUGAGGCUGGCUAAAAUAGGUAUCCCUAGCAAUUUAGUCUCAUACCAAGCUUUGCUAGCACAGGUUAACUACUCAUAUCUGGAGAUGAUUUGGAAAUGGACACAAAGGUGAUCUGGUAUCUACUGCUCUUAUAUCAUGGAUGCUACUAUAGCCGGAGCAGUGCGCAACUAACGAGGGAAACCUCGCAAGGAGGCUACUGUAUAUACCUACUGCCUACGCAUCUUAGUUCUAUCGAGCG